AUGACGCCUUCUGAUGCGAAGGAUCUACGAGUUCACUUGGAAUGGUUUUUAGCAGAAGGACUCACCUUGGAACAAUCAACUGCAGCUUCGUUGUUUCGGAACAACAACCAAGCGGAGAAAAUAAUAUCUUGUAUCAUUAGAUUCGAGAGUCAUCUUUCGUCCAACAAAUUCAUGACUGAGCAAGGAGUAGCAUUUUGCGGAAGGAUAUGGAGCAUCUUACCUCGUUUGAUGCGGACUCAUUCGGUGGAAGGAUUGAAGCGAAAGCGAACCCUUCCCCUCUUACUGGUGACAGCUGCAAUGUUCGGGGUGCCAGCACUUGUUUUGGAACAUAUAGAAAAUAUCCAUGUCGACGGCAUCGUCAACUCACUCAAUAUCAGGCAGUUCGUUGACUGUUUCAAUGACGAGAAUUUGAAACAUAGCACUUUGCUAAUCAAGUCUACGUCUUCCAUUAUCAAGGCUGGUGUUAUCAUGGCCGUAGAUGCUGGCAUACUUGCCAUUCCAGAUUUUGGAUCUCAAGUGUCACUGCUCAACACUUCGGUGAAAUGA